AUGGCUUCGGUUCCAAGCGAAAAUGAUAGGAAUAUCAAGAAGAAAAUACUGAACGCUGCUAGAUCUAUAAGAAAAAAGUAUUUGGCUUUAAAGCUGGAGAGAAAAGAGGAAGAUGAGGCACUUGAUAGGAUAAUAAACCCUAUAACUGAACCUCUAAGAGAGUUUGUUGAGAAAACGGUUGGCAGAAAAGUCCAAGUUAAACAUGAAAAAGUUAAGCUCGAAGCUCCUAAAACGUAUUUUGAAUCUGAACCGAAACUUCCUAGAAAUGUAGAGUUCCAACCAGCAGAGAUUAUUGCUCAAACGAGUGAGAAUUUAAUAAGUGAUGAUGAUGAUGAUGAUGAUGAUGGCGCUGAGGAUGUCUUUUAUGAACCCUUACAACAUUUGAAAGAAGAUCUGCAGAAAUCAAUUCACGAUAGAUCAGGAGCGUAUGAAGAAUUUUUAGAUCAGUAUCCCAAAGUAGCACAAGAGUAUGUAGAUAGAUACUAUAAACAAUCAGAUGAAAUAGACCAUUCUUAUGGCUUGAAACAUGAUAUGAAAACCGAUGAUUGGUCUAUGGGAUCACAAAAAGUCAACUUUCUCCCGAAUGGAGAUAUUAAAGUCGGGGCUGUAUCUUAUAAAGGAACGCAGGGCUUAUAUGAUCUUUUAUUUCUGAAAAAGCCGAUCUAUCAGACAGAGGAUGAUAAGUUGCAGUUUACGGAUAUUUUAAACAGGACCAAUGUUCAUCGAAGAGAUUUUGAUCCAUCCAAACAAGUUAAAGGGUCCACAUCUUCAAAAUAUAGACAGUUUGUUAAACCUUUGGUCUCAUCAUCAUCUGAAGCAAAAAGGCUUAAAUCAACCGCCAAGAAAGCUGCAGAAGAGAAAAAGGCUAAGCCCGCAGAGAAAAAGGCUAAGCCGGCUGCCGCAGCUGCCAAAAUUAAGACUCCAUCGAAAGCCAAAAAGUCCAACAAGGCCAGGCCUACCAAGAAACCGAAGGCACCGAAACCGAAAACUGCCAAAGCGCCAGCUGCAGCUCCAGCGAAGGCAAAAAAGACGGCAGAAGAUGAAAUAUUUUCCUGGAAGCUGUUUAACUUCUUCAAAAAUUCGGAGUUUUCACAAUCACCGGAUAUGGUGAUAGGCGCCUGUCUGAUGUUUGCGAACUCUGUGCGCAGAAUGUUGAUUCCGUCAUUGAAUUGUUUUGAUAGUAGAUCUACACGUGUAUUCACAAUUUUCAAAGUAAGAUUUUGCGAUUUUCCUGCCAUUAUUGAGGCAACAGCCGCCAAGAAAGCUGCAGAAGAGAAAAAGGCUAAGCCCGCAGAGAAAAAGGCUAAGCCGGCUGCCGCAGCUGCCAAAAUUAAGACUCCAUCGAAAGCCAAAAAGUCCAACAAGGCCAGGCCUACCAAGAAACCGAAGGCACCCAAACCGAAAACUGCCAAAGCGCCAGCUGCAGCUCCAGCGAAGGCAAAAAAGACGGCGUCACCCAAGAAGAAGAAGUAA